AUGACGAGCAGCACCGCGACCACGCCAUCAGAACACGAUGAUGUCGACAGGCUUCUGUCCGUUCCGAUGACCGAGACCAUUCCCAUGGAAGCAUUGCGCCCUUAUCUGGCCUCUCCAUCCUGGCACUCAAUUGAUGGUGCCUUCAAUCUCCGCUCUGUCUCGUACUCGCCUUUCGUUCGACCAGGCCUUGUCUACCGCUGGGGCAUGUUAGCAUUGCUCUCGGAGGCCGGAAGGCACGACAUUGUGAAGUCACUAGGCAUUACGAAUAUAUCCGACUUACGUUCCAACGAAGAGAGACACAAGUUUCCAGACCCGGAUAUCCCUGGCGUAGAAUUCAACGCUUCAGAUCUUAGUUCAGUAGGAAAGUCGACGAGCGAGCAGAAGUGGACGAAUAUCGUGGAGAUGCUGGUCUUUCACCUCGAAGAGUACAGGGAAAGUUUCCGAGAGAUGCUCUUGUUUGUGCUCAACAACCCAGGAAAGCCGUUCCUGGUUCACUGCACCGGUGGCAAAGACCGCUCUGGAAUCGCUGUAGCCUUGCUGCUGUCAAUCGCCAACGUUCCACGGCAAUACAUUGCUCAUGACUUUGCUUUGACUAGAAUUGAAAUUGAACCUGUCCGAGAGCUUUUGCAGGCUAAAGCCACGGUCGACAUAAACGACGAGAGAGUCAAGGCCAUUGCUGGGUGCGAUUGCGCUACUAUCAUCAAAUCACCAUCAAGGGGCAGCAAGGCUGCGGCUCCCUCAGCGACCCAGCCACUGUGCAGGGACUUCUAG